GGUUGCUGGUCUACAUAUACCCUGAGGCUGCGAGAUUUACGCUUACAAAAUGAAAGUGCUCCUAUCCACCUUGCUUCUUCUGAGUUUCGCUUUUUAUACUGAAGGAUUCAUCACUCAACAUAUAACGUUCGAUAGUGGUCACCAUAGUCAUCAUAGUUAUAAAACCAGUAGCUCCCAUACGGUACAUACAUCAUUUGCAAUGGAGCCAAGCGAAACUGUGAUCAAGAAAACCUACAGUUUGCAGCCAAGCUCCACUGUGGUAAAGAUCGGCUAUGGUGGUAUUGGCGGAGACCUUGGCUUGAGCCAUCUCAAUAUUGAUACGGGCUUACAUCUUGGCGGAUUAAAUGUAAUAAGCAGCCCGAUAAUGACAUUACUCGCAGGUGGUAAAGGGCGGCUCGGGAAACUCAUUGAUCAGCUCGGUGCUCAUUUAACAGUGAAAAUGCCAAAUGAAAGAUCGAAACUCGAUAUUAUUCAGAUGCUAUUGCGUGGACCAUAGCUAAUAAAAGUUUG